UAACAGUGAGCGUUUUAAUUAAAAGUUAACUGCGAGGGCAUUCGUCCUUUGGCCAUGUGUUUUCUGGUGUUAAUAAUGAUUUCAAGACAAUGUGGGUGAGUGACCGGUCAAAAUCGAUUGCUUUGAAAAAAUUCAAUUGACCCUGUAUAUCAAAUGGUAGCUAAAAUAUACAUAGUCAAUCAUAAUUAAUCAUAUGCAAGUGCUGUUUCGUUGAAGUUUUAUUUAGUAAAAUUUAUUUUUAAAUACACACUUAUAAGCUAACUUUUACAGCAUUUUCUUGGCAAUUGAAUAAUAGGGGGACAGUAGCGGCUAACGCGCAAAUAAAUACAUUGGAAACUUCUGCUGAAAUGGGAGAAUGGUUUUUUUGCAAACCAGAAAUAUCUCUGUAGUACCUAUGCAGUAGAUAACUGCAGUUUUAUACAAGAUAUAUAAGUUCAAGACAAAAUACAGACAUUUGUAAAUCACAAAAUAGAACGUUUUCAUCGAUGCCUAAAAGUGAAUUUUAUUUGUCGUCAACAAAAGCAAACAUUGAGAAGGCACCACCUUUAUACACCGUGUAUUAUCCUAAGGAAAGCUAUUUUUCAAAGUAGCUAAGUUUCAAAUCAAAGUUGUUUGUUAUCCAUGUUAACACUACUUUUGUUACGUUUUCAAAUUUUAUUUCCUUGGGCAUCUAACAAAAUCAUUCAAAUCACGUCAUAGUGCUGCUGCCCAUUAAAACAUUUAUUCGCAUCAUGGACUGCUACUAAGAUUUUCAUAAAAAGUGCCUUCUGGAAAUUAGUUGUUUAAUGUGAUCUGAGUGGAACAAAUGAUCCGGAAGAACAGAAAGGUGACCCCGAGCAACCAACAAGCCAUCACAUACGACGAAGAGUCUUGGAAGCCAAAACCCGAAGAUUCUUCCUCAAAAGAAAAAAGUCCCGUUCCCUCAACACCUUCAAGUUCGUCCUCGAAAAGCAGCAAAGCAAAAAAAGUGAAAAAAUAUUUGAAAAAGUGCAAAAAUGUCCUUGGCAGUAGCAAAGCGAGUACUAGUUUUGACUGUGAGACUGCAUCCCAAUUAUCUGCACAAAGCUCUGCAAGUUCGUCCUGGUAUGUGGAUUCGAAACUAGAUGGCCUAAUCCAGAACGGGAAGGUGAAUGAGAUUGAAGAGGCUUUUGAUGAUGUUCAGCCGCUUAAAGUUGAACCUCCAGUUCAGUGGCAAGUAGCAAAUAUAAUCCAGCUCAAAGGCCCACAAGAUGAUGAUAAAUCUGAGAAUGAAGCAGAUAAGGGAUCUGAUCUGAGACAGGAGAGUGAAGACGCUUGUUCUAAAAGCUCGGCUAGUGUGGAAAAUUUUCAUUCGGCCAUUAGUAGUGCGAGUAGUGAAACUUUAAAAUCGGACGAUUGUGAGUUUUUUUCCUUGGAUUCAAAAAACCAGGAACGCGAUGAGACUGACUAUACGCAUAAACAGAACGUUAUAGAGAGUUAUUUUAAUUCGAUUGCUAGUGAAACCCAAGAGACGCGAACUUCUUUUAAUAGUGACAACACACGAAAGCUUAACAGUGAAUUAGGAACAUUGGAGCUGAAUGAACUCAACGAUGCAGAGUUGAGUAUCUCUCCUGUCUUGGAAAAAGCACAAGAGCAGGUUGAUGAUGCCAAUAAUGAGGAGUCUGCUACCAAUUACCCGAUUAAAAGCGAGAUGGAAGUACUAAUAGACAAAUAUUUCGGUAAUAUUUAUCAGAAUUACUCAGGAUCCAAAAAGUGCCUAGUUCGACAAGCCAGAGAUCUUCUAGUAUGUGAAUACCGCGGUUGCCUUACCAGAUUCGAAAAUGAGUUUUGCUGCCAAGCUUCCAAACUUCUCCAAUUUCUCAAGGUAAGUUUAUUUAUCCUCAUUGCCAAUUGCAUUAAAUGUAUUUAUGUACAGCAACCUUUAAACGCGCUAUUGCUUAUUCAAUGCGCUUCAAGUUUUUUUGUUGAAUCAACUCUCAAACCCGAUACAAAUACAAAAUCAAGUUUUGAGGACGCUAGUGACAUCAAAUUAUUUAAGCAGUGAUGUAUUGUUUAUAUUUAUUGAUGUGUGCCACCUUUAACGCACAAUGUUCUAACAUGAUUCUGUUAAGUUCGUCUUGACAUCGCAAUAAAUUUACAUGAUGGUACGAAAUACAAUGCGUUUUUGAAGUCAAGGCUAGAUCUUCAAGACAUUCAAGCAGGGUUCCUAUAUGAGGCUAAAUACUAAGCUUUAUGAGUCGUAAUAUUUUUCUAUCUAAUUUAACUGCUAUUUGCUGAAAUUUCCAAAUUAUUUUUAAGUCAAUGUUUUAAACAGCUACUUGGGAAUUAAGUGGAUCUUGCGGAGUGAUUUUCAAGGUUUUGAGGUACACGAUCACCCAUAAUUAAUAAUUGGAGUCUCGGCUGACAAGUCGCAAAGUUGAUGGAAAAUAAUGGCCGUAUCGACCC